AUGGUGAGACGGCCGAUGAGCAGACCCCACCAGGAUGAACUGCCCUGUUUGGACAACUGGUUCCUAUCCCACCCUUCUGUGAGGCAUCACAGCCAGGAUGCUCCACUGCCUGAGGGCUCAUGGGGCCAGGACAGAGUGUCCAAAGGUGCCCAUGUACCGCCCACUGAGAGCAGCACUGGUCCAAUGGAGGCACUUUGUCUGAGGCAGGAGCAGACUGGGGCAGACUCCACCAGAGAUGCCUAUCAACAACGCUCCGGCCUGGAGGACUGCGAGAGGGAAAGAGGAUGA